AUGCGACUCGAGGUUGACGACGAAGGCAGUGGGUUCUCUUUCAAUGGGACCUUCGCCAAUCGCUUGGCGUCUCGCUCGCGCUGGGUUGGGUGCGCCCUCUGCGUACUGGGCACCCUCUACUCUUUUACGAUGCCAAGCGAGGCUCGGCGCGAAAGCGGUCGCUGCAGGACCGUUGCAGAGCAGGAUCCUGUCCCAGACGAGGUCGUUUGCCUCGAUCGUUCCGCGAGAACGCCAGCACCAUGGCAAUAGCUCGAAGUCUCACAGAGUUUGGCCUUGGGCAGCAUCUGGCGCGAUUGUACUGGCGCUUUACUCAAUCAACCUGCGUCCCGUCUCGGCUCAAGAUUCCGGUUCAAAGGAAGAGGGCAGCAAGGGCGAGGAGGAAGAGGAGGACAAGCCCAAGUUCGCACCCUCCGUCGACGAGAUCGAAGCUGAAGAACGACGGCGGAAUCGCAAUGCACUUGCCCGAGCAUUCUUCAAGCUCGUCAGUGCCGUCCAAGACUACAUUAUUGAGCCAAUCGGGACAACGGGCAGGUUCAUCGUCCUCGUCUGCCUCUUUCUCCCCGUCAUUCUCGCAAUGCCCAUGCUCCUCGUUGGCCGGAGGCGAGAAGGCGGCAGAAGACGAGGGCGAAGGCUAGCGAAGCAAGAUGGUGGGGAGCGAUGGGGUGCCAUCUGGUGGUACGGCUUUCUGGUCAAGCAAAUGGAAAGAGCUGGUCCGACCUUCAUCAAGCUCGCACAAUGGGCUGGGUCUCGUCAAGAUCUGUUCCCGAAGGAGCUGUGCGACCUCUUGGGCAAACUCCACUCUAAUGGUCGACCUCAUUCGCUCAAAUACACAAAGAAGGUCAUCGAGAAGGUCUUUGGCAGGCCUUUUGACGAGAUCUUCGAGCACUUCCCCGAUGAGCCUCUAGGAAUCGGCGCUGUUGCGCAAGUGUACAAGGCAAUCUUGAAACCAGACCUUCUCCCACCGGCCUACCUCGAAAGCAAGCGACAUCCUGGCAGAAGCAACCAGUUCACUCGUUCGCUCGCCCUCACCUACGAUGAGGACCAUCCACCACCACAAGUCCCGACGGCUUCCGUUGCCAUCAAAGUCCUCCACCCGCGAGCGCGAAAAACCAUUGCAAGGGACAUCAAGAUCAUGACUUUCUUUGCCAAGCUCAUCAACUUCAUCCCUGGCGCCGAGUGGCUCUCGUUCCCAGAGGAGGUCGAGGUUUUCUCGCAGAUGAUGUUCAGCCAGCUCGAUCUUCGCAACGAGGCUGCCAACCUGGAUCGCUUCGAAAAGAACUUCGGGAAGAGGAGAAGCGCUGUUUCAUUCCCCAGGCCUUUGCUCGAGUUCACCUCCAGGGAGAUUCUCAUCGAAGAGUUCGAGGAGGCUUUGCCUUUGAAGCACUUCCUCAACAUGGGUGGCGCUGGGUUCGACAAUCGCAUUGCCAACCUGGGUUUGGAUGCUUUCUUGAACAUGCUUCUCCUCGACAACUUCACACACGCCGAUCUGCAUCCGGGCAACAUCAUGAUUAAGUUCUACCGCCCCACGACCAAGUCUCUUCUUCGCGACCUCGUCACCCGUGUCAUCUCCCGCUUCGACUCUGACUACGCGCCGGGGAGAUCCAAAGCAGCUCCCACUGCCGACGACCAGGCGGAAGAAGACGUCGUGAAGAGGAUGAUGAAGCUCAGACACGACCAGGACGCCUGGCUCGAUGAGCUGGAUCGACUCGAUGCGGCAGGUUACCAACCAGAGCUCGUUUUCCUCGACGCAGGUCUGACGGUGGAGUUGACGCCCGAGAAUCGGCGAAAUUUCCUCGAUUUGUUCGGAGCCGUCGCCGAGUUCGAUGGUGCGCUGGCCGGCCACCUCAUGGUGGAGCGUUGCCGGACGCCGGACCUCGUCAUUGACGAAGAGACGUUUGCACUGAGGAUGCAGGACCUCGUGCUGAGCGUCAAGAGCAAGACGUUUAGCUUGGCAAAGAUCAAGAUUGGAGACGUCCUCUCCGAAGUCCUGUCGGCUGUCCGGUCGCACCACGUAAAGAUGGAGGCGGACUUUGUCAACACAGUCAUCUCCAUUCUUUUGCUCGAGGGAAUCGGGCGACAGCUCGAUCCAAACAUGGACCUUUUCAAGAGCGCGCUGCCCAUCUUGAGAAACCUCGGACGGGAGUUGGCCAGACAAGAGGGAACCCGGACGCUUUCGAGGCAGCCGCAUCAGGGAAGCGACGGCGCUCCGGGCGGAGGCGUCACGCCAAUGAUCAAGAUCUGGUUCUGGUUGGAAGCCAGAUCAUGGCUUUUGAGCAUGGCCGAGAAGCAGACGGUCGAUGCCUUUGUCAGAUACGAUUGGCUUUCGCCGGCUGCGUGAGCGGCAUUAGCUCCUUCGCUUAUUCCUUUUCCUCUUGCUUCCCGUCUUCUUUUACUCACCCGACACCUGGACUCGCAAUGACUGCAGCAAUAGAAAUCACAAAACUAC